AUGCAAUUUUACCCGUUUAUUCUUGUUGUAAGUAUCUUUGCUUAUCCGUUAUUAACAAAAGGUGAAAUCACAGCAGUUCUUAUAAAUAAAUUUGAAUUACCUCAUGCGGGUUUUUCAACACUUCUUCGUACAUGGACAUUAAAUUUCACAUCAUGGGGUUUAGUUAUCUCUUGUUUCAAUCCACUUCCAGAAACUACCGAUUAUGUUUAUAAUGUACCUAAUAUAGGACAACAAUUAACAACACAAAUUACACCAACACUUAUAACCGAUCAAAUAAUAUGGCCUAAUGGUAUUGUAGCAGCAGAUCAAUUAGUUGAAUAUUCAAUGAUUGUUCCAAGUGGUUUUCUUGUUCCUGGAAAAAGUAAUGGAAAUCUGUAUUUUAUUUCGGAUACAGAUAUUAUACCAUUAGUACCAAAUGAUGGAACAAAUUGGUUUUAUCAUGAUGCUGAAUUCAAAGAUAUGGAUGGAGAUGGUCGUAUUGAUAUCGUAACUGCACGUGCACAUAUUCCACUUAUCGGUAAACCAAUAACUCAAUUAGUUUGGCUGAAAAAUCCAGGAAAUCAAACAAUAACUGGUCCUUGGAAACUUAAUUAUUUAUUAUCAAAAGGUGGACCAGAUAUUCAAGUCCAAUUUGCUAGAAUUGAUUCAUUACAAGUUCUUUUUGCUAAUUCAUUUUUUGAUCGUAAACUUCAAAUGUUCUGGUCCGAUUUAGAUCCAUUGUGGAAUGAUACUACUAAAUUACAUGUACGUCAUAUUGACUAUGAACCACUUCCAUAUGCAUACAUACAAUUAACCCUAGAUCUUAAUGGUGAUUAUAAACCUGAUCUACUUGUUACUGUUAAUGAUGCACAUAAUGGUUCAUUAAUUGCUUAUGAACUUCCACGAUCAGGUGACAUACGUAAAGGAAAUUUUACAAAACAUGUUCUUGCUAGUGAUUUUAAACCACUUGUUCAAGCCAAAGGUCGAGGAGCACCAGGACAAGCCAUAACAGUUCAAUUUUAUUCUCUUACUGUACGAAAGAAACCUAUUUUAAUAUUAUCCGGUGAUGACGAUGGUUGUGUGUAUUUACUAGAAGCAAUUCAUGAUAAUGAUCCAUUAAAUUGGGAAUAUUCCAUAAAGAUAAUUCAUCAAUCUGACAAAUCAACAAUUGGUCAAGUUAGUGUUGAAGAUGUUGAUAAUGAUGGACAUCCAGAAAUGUUUGUACCUGCUUAUAAUGAAGGCAUUGUCUAUAUCUAUCGAUUAGUUGACAAAUGA